GGUCUCCAUAGAGAGUUUUGGUGCUUUUUAUCGCCACAGCUCUUUUCUCUUUACCCCGUUCUUUUUUUUUCGCGAUAUAUCGCGCAUUCGCCGGCUUCCCAUACAUUCACCCCGUUUAAUUGAGUGUGGAAGAAAGAAAAAAAAAGAGUUUAGGAUUCAAUAUCGUUUUAACUGCUUUUGCCGCAAGUGAGUCAAAAAAAAACUUUUUUUCGGAUAAUUCUGCAAGAGAAAUAAUGUCUGACGUGAUGGAAAUUGAACAAAUUGUGGAAACAAAGCCAAAAAAGAUGCCAAUGUCAACGUCCCUGGACAAGGAAUCAAUCCGUGAGGCGUACGAGGAUGUGCGGUCUGAUUUAACUGAGAACGAUUGGUGCGUCUUCAAAUACGACGGUGCACGAAUCAUCCACAUGCAAUCUGGGACGGAUUUUGAGGAAUUUAAAGGCCAAUUCACGGACAGUGAGCGUGCCUUUGGCUACCUCCGCGUCCAGAUGGGCGAUGAGAUGUCCAAGAGGCGCAAAUUCCUCUUCCUCACGUGGAUUGGACCCAACGUGGGAGUGCUGCAGCGUGCCAAAAUGUCCACAGAUAAGGCCGUCAUUAAAGAUGUGAUUAAUAAUUUUGCCGUUGAACUUCAGGCCGAAUCGCAAGCUGAAUUGGACAUUGAUCUCUUUAGGGAUGCCCUCAAUCGGGCCGGGGGUGCAAAUUACGGCACAGGAGUACGCAAUUAAAAGUAAAACCAUAUACCCCCCCGAAAGGGUUGAGUCAUUUUCCGCCACUUUCAUUUAAAAUGCUUAAUUUGUAGUAUUAAUUUGUAUAAUUCUGACGCCGAAAUUGUGAAUGUUCAAUAAAAGUAAAUAAUUUGUAAUGAGUUUAAA